CAUAAACACUCAAUUCAAAGAAGUAUGAGUGAUUGCGAUUGUAACGAUGAUUGUUAUUUUAAAUCAAAACCUUGUUGUAUUGACAAAAUGUUUGAACUGUCAACGGCAUGUACUGAUAAAAUGUUAUCGUUAUUAGGAGACAGAUUUCUUGUAUAUAACCAAUGCAAAAAUACUUCUAACAUUGAAAUGAACAGAUUAUGUCAGAGCAGUCUUGAUAGAACUUCAUAUUCUAAUUUGCCGGUUCAAAUAAGCAAGAGAAAUUUUUCAGUGCAUUACAAGAACGUUUUCUGUAUGCUAUGUAAUGAAAAUCUUUCACCUAAUGAAUUUCGGAAUUCAAUUAUUGAUUGGAAUAUUGCAGUUACUUGUGAUAACUAUAUUUCUCCAACCUACCAUGUGUCAUUUCAAGACUAUAUAACCCAUGCUAUUCGCCAAAAAUGUAGAUACAGCAUGAAACCUCAAAAACAGGGAACGAAAUGUUUUGAUUCAAAUUAUAACAAAUGUAAUAUUACAGACAAUUGGACAAAUAAUGACCUCGACAUCAAAUAUGCGUGCGCAUUUUUGAAUUUGCCUCGUAUGUGGUUCAAUUGGGAAAAUCCGUUCUGCAGAAUGUGCAACCCUUUAAAUCGAGACAAAGUGAUACAUACAACCUGUAACGAAACAAAGUUGCGAAAUUUGUAUACACCAAAUGACAAAGAAAAAUGUCAUGAUCUGCCGAUAAUACAGGCUCUUGCCCCAUAUAAGAAUCAUUUUUGCCAUGUCUGCAUCACAGGAACUAGUCCAACAUUUAAAUGGCUGCAAAAAAAAUUGCCAAAUGCGGGUGCUAGUGGCCAAGGAGGGCCGUUGGUACCGAUAUCAUUUCGGGAAAUAUUUGCUCUUGGAGUAUUUGAUGAUUUAAAAGACAACAAAAUUGAGAAAAGAUGUAACAAAACUCAGAUAUAUGAUAAACUUAAGAAUGAGUGCCGCGAUAUUCAAUGCUACCCUGGAAGAAUUCUGACAAACAAUGGCUGUGUUCCUUUACUACCGUUUACAAGUAAUCUUGGGUAUAUAUUGUCAUUAACAUUGAGGAAUAAAGCUACCAGAAUGAUUAGCGUAACAACACAAUUUUUGAAUACGAUUGUGGAUUCGUUUAUUGAAUUUUUGCAAACAUAUUUAAAGGUAAGAAGUUUGCUCCUUGAAGCAUCGGAGUUAAAUGUAAAUCUCAGCUGUUCAAAGACUCUGAUGAACGGAACGUUCUUUGAUAUAAUAUUGGACCAAAAGAUAUUUAUUAACGAGUUUGUUGAUAGAUCCUUCAUUGAAAAGCAGUUAAUUAAUCUCACUUUCAACACGUUUUCUAUACAAUACGGUGAUGCACUAUUUAAAUUCGUUAUAAAAAAGACUGAGAAAUUAUAUAAUUUUCCAGGAGUGAUAAACAAAAUGAAUUCUGCAAAAACUUGUCGCUACACAAACGUACAUACUUUUAAGAAUGUUCAUCGGCACAAAUAUUCCGAGCUCAGUGAAUUAUUAGUCUGUGAACAAGUCGAAAUGGAUGAGAAUGAAUUUCAAGUUGACGAGGAUAAUUAUGAAUUGACGUUGAAUCUCAGUGGAUCGGAGAUACAUUAUGAUAAUGAAUAUAUUUUGAUGCCAAAAAAAAAAGCUAGACUUUGUCUAGAUGAGUAUAAGGACAUUUUUGCAAGUCAACCAGGUUUCGAAAGUCGAGCAAUCUCUUUUUUGAGUAUACUCAUGAUGAGUUGUACACUUUUGUCCUUGUUUUGCCUACUUUUAACAUUCAUUAUCUAUUGCUUAUUUGGUACUCUGAGGUCAUUCCCAGGAAAAAAUAACAUGUGUUUAGUUUUUGCAAUGUUUUUCGCCCAUUUGUUGUUCCAGUUUGGAUUAUACGCAUCUCAUUCAAACACGUUAUGCAUAUUGAUUGGUAUUUUAAUGCAUAUAUUUUGGUUAGCAACAUUCGGCUGCUUGAACGUUUGCUCGUUCCAUAUGUUCCGUGUUUUUCGAAGUAAGAUAAUACUGUAUUCAUCCGGACAGUCAGGACACAAGAAAGUUUUAAUUUCGCAUUUGAAAAAUGCCUGGAAAAAUUGA